UAUUGCUACUACAUGUGUUUAUAGCAUGGAAUUGGCAGUACUACAAUUUAUUAAAUCUGUCGAAACGAACAGGAAACCGUGUAUGGUCAAUGGAAGUGGAUAGAAACAAGAAAGUAAAUAAAAAACAAGAAGAUGGCGAGGUAUAAAUGUAGCAAGAGUGUCGUUGGGUUUCUAUGCUGUAUUAUGUUUCUCAUUGGGGCAACAGUGUUCAUUAAUGGAAUGCUAUUAAGAAUGUCCAGCGGCUAUUUUGGUCAUGAAGUAGUGACACUCUUCAACAGAGUUGAGUACAAUAACGUCAAAUUCGGAUUUCUUCUGUCCGCACUUGUGUACGCUCUCAUUGUACAUGGUGGAAUUGUCAUGUUCCAAACUGUAUUCGGCCUUUUUGCUGCUGUGAAACGGGACAAAUGUGGCCUUAAAGCGUUUGUUGCAAUGGCUGUAUUGUUGAUAUUGGCAGAAGCUGUGUGUGUUGGAUUCUGGGUCUACGUGAGGGGAAGAUCUGACGAAUGGUUGAGAGGAGAGAUGCUGGACCUUCUCGGAGAUUACAAAGGUCCCCAGGACACUGAUGAAACAUCAAAAGGUUGGAAUGAAAUGUUUAUGCAGGCACGAUGCUGCGGAGUGAUAGACCAGUUUGCAAACGGUGAUACCACGGGGGAUUUCGAGGAUACACAGUCGGUCUGGUUCAACACAAAUGCAAAUAGUGAGAAAGUUCCGGCAACGUGCUGUCAGGGGGUAGAUGAUGACGAUAUUUCUAGCACCAUAAAUACGGCAUGCACGACCACCCCGAAAGAUUACUACACAAAGGGUUGUUACACACAACUCGUUGAUCUUACAAAACUCAACAGUAUCAUCUUCUUUUGUGCUGCCGGAGCCCUAUUGAUCCUUGAGUUGUUAGCUAUUCUAGGUGCAUGUUUGUUGCUUGACAGAGGCACCAAAGUUUCCCCGAUGGCCAGAGUUGAUCGACCGCCGACACCAUACGUUGCCAUGGACCGGAUCAUGAAAACAAAGUUUUAAAGUCGCGAGAUUGAAAUAUAUGCAUAAACAUCAAACAUUCCACCACGGAUUUUUCUCGUCUUUUGUUUGUAUUUGAUGGAUACAUCCACUUGAAAACAUUCAUACUAGAUCAACUAUGAUAAUGUACAUCAAAAGGCAAACAAAGUUGUCGAAUGACAAAUUAGUCAUUAUUGUUAAUUUUAAAAGCGUUAUUCGUAAAAUAUGAUAUUUCAUAAUUCAACAAUUUGUGUACUGAUUAUAUAACUAUUUCAUUUGACCCAUAUGCAUAUGUUAUGACUAGGCUGGUUACCUGCCCCUGUUUCUAUGUUAUUGGUAAUCGCAGAAUAGUACUUGGCAUGGAACCAGACUAAUAUUAUGACAUGACGUCAUAUGCGUUAUACACACUCGUAUUUUUAAAACUGUAAAUUGUACUCAUUUUUAGUAUGUGAUAAGCAGGAAAAAAUUAUAAAGCUUCAAAACUAAAUUUAUUGAACUCGUUGAAUGAAAUAAAUAUUAUAUAAUUAAAUUCAA